AAUGUUAAUAUUAGCAUUAUUUUUCAUCUCGGUUGAACUAACAUUAGGAAAGCUUAAAGUUAUAGGUCCAGAAGAAUUGAAAUAAGAAUUAGCCUAAAAUAAUGGAGAAAUAGUAUUUAGCAUAGCAAAUUUUGGGUAAACUAUGAAUAUAUAGACUAAUAUAGAAAUGUUCCUUGGGGUCGUAGAUUAAGUGGGACUCUUGAUAUUUCAAAUCCUAUAGAAGCUUGUACAGCAAUUAAUUAAACUGUAAAAAGUCACUUUGUACUAAUUAAAAGAGGAGGUUGUUCUUUUGUGACAAAAGUUAGAAAUGCAUAGAAUGCAGGAUAUUAAUUAGCAAUAAUUGAAGAUAAUAAGGUAGAAAUAAUAGAAAACAUUACAAUGUCUGAUGAUGGAACAGGAUAUGGAGUAUAUAUAAUAAUAUAUUUUAGUUAUAAAUCCCUAGUAUUUUUAUAUCUAAAUCAGAUGGAGAGAUUUUAACAAAAUAUUUAAAGAUGCCAAAAGCCAAUUCAGAAACAGAUCAAAUUUAAUUGCUUAUUAAAUUUGAUGUUCGCUAAUAGAAAAGUGUAGAAGCCUUAUUUGCCUUAUCAAUUUUAUCUGGAGAAACAUAUAAAUUUUUAAGAGAAUUUAGACCUUAUUAUGAAAAAUUGAAAAAUGAAGAAUGUAUAUUUUCUUGGUUAUAUUGCUCUAUUAGUUAACUUUACCAUCUUGUAUCCAUUAUAUUAAAUUAUUCCCAAUCCAGAUAGACCAAUUGAUUAUCAAAAUUGUAUAUCUUAUGGUAAAUAUUGCUCACCAGAUCCUGAUGGAUUAGGUGUUGGUACUGGAUAAAUGAUAGUAGAAGAAACACUUAGAUAAUUAUGUAUAUUUAAUCAAAGUAUAGACAAAUGGUUUGAUUAUAUGGUAAAUAUUAUUAUAAAUUUAGUAAUCAUUCAGAGAUAAUUGUACUUCAGCAUAAUAAUAUGAAAUUUGUUCUCCAAAGGUAUAAUUAGAGGUAGGUAUUGAAAAUUAAAAAGUUGAAAAAUGUAUAAGAGAUUAGCAAUCGACACUCUCUUUUGUAUUAAGAAAUGAAACUCAUAAUUAUAAGUAAAACAGUAUUUUAGAAGAUUAAUUGACAUUAUGGAAUACUGCUGGUGUAUAAUCAUUGCCAGGAAUCAUAAUAAAUCAUUAGGAUUACUUAGGAUAAAUCACUGGAGCAAAUGUUUUUCUUGAUAUUUGUUAUAGUUUUGAGACUCCACCAGAAUCUUGUGGUAAUUAUGUUGAUGGAUAUAUAUUUUAAACAGAUUCAUCAACAAAUCUAUAUUUGACUAUAGCAAUAAUUAUAGUUGUUAUGGUCAUAUUUUUUGUGUUACUAUUUUGUGUUUAUACAAAAUUGAUUCGAAAAGAAUUUAAAGAAAGUAGUUAAGCAUAAGUAAAUGAAAUGGUAACUCAAUAUAUCCAAUUUUAUGAAUCCAAAGAUAAAAAAAGCAAAGAAGCUAUAUGAAC